UCUCUGUACCUUUUCUACAAGGCUAAAUCGCGACUCAGAUUUAGCACUUAGCUAAGCUUCAUAGUUGCGUGUCCUCAUAUCCUCAAUCCAACAUCGACUUAAAUUCCAAGAUUCGAUGCUAAACAAUUGGAAGAUUGAAUACAAUUGAUUUGCUCCUCUUUUCAAUUGAGAAUUGAAUACUUUUCUUUGAAUCUUCGAAACAAAGUUGUUCGCGAUUGCGCAUGUAUAGGGAAACUCCCUUGACUUGCACAACAUGAAUCUUUUUCGAAUCUUGGGUAUGUUAUUCCUUCAAAUACCAGAAUUAACUUUGCACAUCUUCAAGUCAUGGACUAACAUAUUGCACUUUUAGGGGAUUUCUCCCAUCUCCUCUCGAUCCUGAUUCUCCUCCACAAAAUGCACCAAACAAACGUACUUCUCCCCUUCCCCCUCCCCAUCCCUCCACUCAAGCAUCUAAUCUAACCUCCUCAGUCCUGCGCUGGUAUAUCCUUUAAAUCGCAAGCGCUCUACCUACUUGUAUACAUCACCCGCUACCUCGAUCUCUUCUGGACCUUCACCGAUUCCCUCUACAACACCACUUUUAAACUACUCUUCCUCGCCUCCUCAGGCUAUACCAUCUACUUAAUGACCACCUCCUUCAAACCAACCCACGAUCCAAAUCUUGAUACAUUCCGCGUACAAUAUCUUCUUGGGGGUUCCAUCGUCUUGGCAUUCAUAUACCCUUACGCCUAUACCCCUGCCGAGAUCCUAUGGGCCUUCAGUAUCUGGCUGGAAUCCGUAGCGAUUCUCCCACAAUUAUUUUUGUUGCAGCGAACAGGAGAAGCCGAGACGAUUACUGCCAAUUAUCUCUUUGCACUAGGAAGUUACCGUGCGCUUUAUAUACCCAAUUGGCUGUGGAGAUAUUUCCGGGAAUCGCACUGGGAUGGGAUUGCCGUGCUUGCGGGUGUAGUGCAGACGAUUCUCUAUUCGGAUUUCUUCUGGAUUUAUUAUACCAAGGUUAUGAAGGGAAAGAGAUUUACUUUGCCCGUAUAAACAAUCCUCGUUGUGUUGAAGCUUUAUUUUAUUAAGGCACGGAGACAAACUGAAAUUGGAGGGAAUCAGUGGACAGAUGAGGAACAAGAGAGGAGAUCGGGGGAAGGGGAAAAAGGAUACCUGCCUGUACAAGGAGUGACUCUCCAGAGCCACUGACAAAGCAAAAUAUGAUGAGCAUUAUUUGGCGUUGGAUGGAGAUGGACCUAGAUUCUGCUUAGGACACAGCAGGGCAGGCAAUGAGGUUCAAAUUUUUUCUCCGGCGAUUUUGUACAGUAUUUGUUAAAAUGCAUAGAGUGUGUGCCUUUGAUCCCCAGGAAUUU